AUGGAGAAUCAUCGCCGUGACGAGUCACCGUCCGGUCUUUCGGAUAUUGUUGAGGGCGAUGGCUUGCUCGGCACCGGAUUAACGACCCGUCACCUUGAGGCAUUUGGACGAACAGUUAGUUCUACGGCAGGACACUUGAUGGGACCGGCCGACCAGUCCUCAAACACUCAUUAUCAAAAUGCGAUGACCGGCAUCCACCGCGAACUACGUCGGCCCGCGGCGCAGCGCAAUGUCUUCUCCCUAACUCAGACAACGCCUACCGACCUUGUGCGCUCUAAGCUGUCCACUACCGAAAUUAAAUCGCGAGCUAUCUCCUCCCUUCCCGAUGACCUUCUCGCCAACAUCCCCGAUGAUACCAGCUCCUACUCCCUAUUUCAAGGCUUCCAAGCCACCCUCCCUGAAGAUGAACCCUCACAUAAAAAGCACCGGAGAAAGAGCUCCAAGAGCGCUAAGGCCAUCAAGGAUAGCGAGAAGGGCGGCGCCCUGACCGCUGGUCCGGCUGGGUUGAAGGAGGAACGAAAAAAGCUGAGCCGCCGGCUAGAUCUGAUGGGCAUCCGAAAGAACAUGUGCAGCGCCGAGAUUCAUGAGAUAGAUAACAAGAUCGCCAAUUUACACAAGAUGCGUCAAAUUGUGCUAGACCGAUUAGCUGGCUUGGAAAUGGACGAGGCGGCAUUGGAACAUGACUUGACGGAGCUUGACAUCAAGCUAGAAGACCUUAUACCAGAAGAGACAACUGAUACAUCUGCCGCCGCCGAAACACCCAAGUCCUCUAUGGAACAAGACGAGUCCACGGCAUCUAGCGACCCGGCUAUGGAUGCAUCGUUCAUGUCCGAGUCGAUAUACGAGAAGUUGCCCAACCCAUCACCAAAGAGCCUCCGCCACCGAUCUAUUAGAAAGCGCUCGAUGCCGAUUCUUCACGAACACUUUGCGCCAGGGUCGUUAAUCAAGGAAAUUUCAGCACACACGGAUAUGGUGACUGCGAUUGAUUUUGAUUAUCCAUUUGGCACAAUGGUCACAGCUGCCUUGGAUGAUACUGUGCGGGUCUGGGACAUGAAUAUUGGUCGCUGCUCGGGAUUCUUGGAAGGACACCAUGCCUCGGUACGGUGCUUGCAAGUAGAGGAUAAUAUUGUGGCGACGGGAUCUAUGGAUGCGUCUGUCCGGUUGUGGGAUCUGAGCCGUGCUCGGCCUAACACUCGCGACACUGGUCGUCUUAACAAGCACGAGCGUGGUGAGGAGGAGCUAUUUGAACAACCUUCCACUACCUCAUCAAACUUCCAAGAUUGCCAUGUCUUCUCUCUGGAAGCUCAUAUGGAUGAGGUAACUGCCCUCCACUUCAAGGGCGACACCCUCAUUUCUGGUUCUGCAGACAAGACGCUGCGGCAAUGGGAUCUUGUCAAGGGAAGAUGUGUGCAAACGUUGGAUAUUUUGUGGGCAGCCACUCAAGCCUCUACAACCUCUAACGAUGGAGGUUGGCGACCAUCUGGCCGCCUGCCAGAUGCAUCCGCCGACUUCGUUGGAGCUGUACAGUGCUUUGAUGCUGCUCUUGCUUGCGGAACAGCCGAUGGAAUGGUUCGCUUAUGGGAUCUGCGCAGUGGCCAGGUUCAUCGCAGUCUAGUGGGGCACACUGGGCCUGUCACCUGUCUCCAAUUCGAUGAUGUGCACUUGGUGACAGGUAGUCUCGAUCGCAGCAUUCGGAUCUGGGAUUUACGAAUGGGUUCGAUUUAUGACGCCUACGCCUACGAAAAGCCUGUGACUAGUAUGAUGUUCGACUCGAAGCGCAUUGUUGCUGCUGCGGGUGAGAAUGUGGUCAAGGUUUACGACAAAGCCGAUGGAAACCACUGGGACUGUGGUCCCGGUGUCGGCAUGGAUGAUGAGGGCCCAUCCCCUGCCACUAUUGAGCGUGUCCGCAUCAAAGACGGGUACCUGGUCGAAGGACGCAAAGAUGGUACUAUGGCUGCAUGGACAUGCUAA